GCUUUGCCUUCACCGCCCAUUAAUGGCAGACGCCGUCGGACGCAAGGUGUCGGACAUGCGGCAGUCGGGCGGCUUGUGUGAUCUUGUGUUGUGGUGGUGGUCAGGUCGCGUUUGUGGAGCCGCCGCGGUGGCCUUGUUGGUGGGCGACCUGGCACAAUGAAUCGGCUACAGCGGCCAGCGACGGUCACCUGACGAAGUCGUCGCCUGCUCAGGCUCAUCUUCACCGAGCCUCCGAAGAGGGCUUGCAGCGCGGCGGGGUUCUCCGUGCGUGUGUGUGUUUGUUGACCCCCGCUAGGAGGAACAUGGCGGCGGGUUCUUCCGAAUUUCGGGACCUCCGGAGAAUUGCCGCUCUUGGCUCCGUCUUUUUCGUUGUCGUGUGCCUCGACUGUGUGCGGUGUGCCGCGGGCGGCGACGCCAAGCCCUCGAUAAAACUGUUCGGGAACAUUGGCAAGUUCGCGAACCGCUCCGGAGUGCACGAGUUUCUCAAGAGCAACUUGUUUCUCGCGUCGCUCGCCAAGGAGUCUUCGGCAGCCGCCGGGGCGGAAAGUGAGGCCUCGGAUCGGCAAGAUGCGAUCGCGGACAGCAUAUAUCUGCAAGUGGAAGCGCGUUCGCUGGGAUCUCACCUUCGCAAGAUCAGCAACGAGGAGCUGGGAGUCACGGCUAUGCAGGGAAUCUAUGAUGAGCUGCCGUUCACCACUGACAACUUUGAUGCAGCCAAGCAGCUUGAUGAGAUCGCUGACAAGCUGCAGAAGAAGCUGCUGUCGUAUGUGGCGCUUCUGAACCGCAGUGCAGACGUUGUGGAGGAAGUCUACAGGUUUCGACAGCGGUAUGCAUUUCCAGCGGUGAACCCAUGCUGCUUGAUGGAUCCAAGUGUGUUGAUGAUGGACAACCACUUUGGCACAGAAAUCACAAACUCGACGACUUGUGACACAGCGCCUCUGUCCCUGCCCAAGGGUGUUUUCAGUCCUGGGCCCAACCUCACUGACGUGUUCCGCAAGAACUUGGAGUCGCACCCAUCAAUUAAGUGGCAGUACUUUGUGUCUGCUGCUGGCAUCCACACGGAGUACCCUGCCUACAGCACUGUCAGGAAGUGGUCGUGCAGGCAUGUCGACGACCUUCGGCACAGGGACAUCUACUUGGCCACAGUGCAGCCACACACAAAGCAUGUGGUCAUUGUGAUCGACCACGGGAACUCUCUGAGCCCCAAGCAGCUCGUCACAGCCAAGGCGGUUGCCAAGUACGUCCUGUCAACGUUGUCCCACCAUGACAGAGUUGGUCUGAUUGGUCUGUCGGGAGAGCCAAAGUUUCCUCAGAGUGACAAGUGCCUGUCCAAGGAGAUGGCCUUUGCCACAUACGAGACCAAGUACCACUUUGGCCGCUUCAUCGAUUCUCUCCAGAAAGCUCCCAAUUCUACCAACCACCGAGUCGGGUUCAGCAAGGCAUUCGAAAUGAUCCAGAAAAGCCUUCGGCCUUCCAAGAACAUUUCAAAGCAAGCCGAGGCACUGAUCGUCUACGUUAGCCGGGGCCUGCUGUCGUCGAUUGCGGAUGCUCGGCCCGUGUUGGAGACGAUUGCAAGUGGACACAGAAGCAGCGGCCAUCGUGUCGUCAUCAACACCUAUGCAGUCAUUGACGAUGGCAAGCCCAUCAUGUACGAGACAUCAUUUCUCAAGGACAUUGCUGAACUCAAUUUUGUCAAGUACAACGUGCCUGGCGUGCCAUCACCAGAGCUAAGGGGAGCCAUGGUGGCCAUCAACUCCACUGAGAACCUCAGCUUCACAAUGGGCCAGUUCUACUCUGCCUUGAGCUUUCACCGGCAUCCUACGUCAGUUCACUUCUCUUUGCCCUGGUUCGAUAACAUUAGCAAAGACCUGGUGAUAAGCAUCAGCAAAGCAGUGGUUCACCACGGCGUUCUCUUGGGCGUCGCUGGCGUGGAUAUCUCAGUGUCGGACAUGGCUGAAGACAUUGUCUACUUCUCAAAGUCUCAGGAUGUCUAUAGCUUCCUUGUAGAAAAAACAGGCGUGGCCAUUGUGCACCCAGCAUUGUCCAAGCCGUCGUCGGUGUCAGAACAGCCGAUGCACACGGACAUCCUCCACCUGGAGAACAGGCCUGGGUUUCAUGCCGUUCGACAGGACCUUCUGAAUGGUUCUAGCGGUGAGAACAAGCUUACGCUUGCAUCAGUGGUGGAGUCCCCCGAUCGUGCGACAAACCUGGUUGAAGCCGAGCCAGCUGAAGAACAGUUGUCUGAAGUUGUCUACCGCUGGACUAGGGUGGCUGGUACACCCUACAUUGUUGCCAUUGUGAGCCUGAAGCCAAGCCGGCAGCAGCCAGUGCUGAGGGGCACCACAGCGGGCGAUGCGCUGGGCGAGUUUUACUAUCACAGACUUGAUCUCGUGUCUCCGCCUCAGCUUUGUCGACACAUGAAGCAGCUCUCUACGCUAGCUGGCAGUACACUGUUCCUGUCCGCGGCCUGCUUCCUGUCGCCCUUCGAGUACCUGUCCCAGGAAGAGACAAAGUCCCGAGUGCAGGGUUACAUGGCCUACCUCAUAGACACCACCAUGCUGAUCGCAAACCCAGGACUCAAGCCGGAUGUGCGAGACGAAGUGUUGGCGAUUGCUCGCAUCACUUCCGAGUGGAAGAGAACCUUUGAGAGCAGCGAGUUCACCAAGCAUGUGGUGCGAAGGUACGCAGCAACAGCGUGUGGCGCGAUGGUGGCCUACCCCGGCACGGUGCUAGAGCGCAGCUACGACCCGACCGAGCGGGAAUGGUACACUCGCGCGCUUGAGCACCCCGGCAAGGUUGUGCUCACGGCCCCCUACCUGGACAUGGGAGGCGCUGGGUACAUAGUCACCCUGAGCCACACCAUCUACCAGGCAAAGCCGGAUGCACUGCACAGCCCGUCAGAUGUGGUUGUUGCCGUCAUUGGAAUGGACCUGACGCUGGGCUACUUCUACAAGUUGCUGACGGUCAACAUGGACAUCUGCGAACAGGACAAAAUAGCAUGCUUCAUCCUGGAUGACCGUGGGUACCUGAUCGCUCACCCAAGCCUCAUGGAGCCUACCCUCAGAGCUACGGGCUUGGAGCAGCAGCACAUCACACGCAAGGAGCCCCUCGUUGUCAGUGACAUCACCAAUCACAAAGGCUUCGUGAAGAAGAAAGAGUGCAACAACUAUGGGGACUGGACGGUGCAGCGCUUCUACAAGCUCAACACCAGUCUUGAGGGCAUCCUCACCAACUCGGUGCAUGGGGAGCACUGUGCCAAAUAUCAGAUCACUGCCAUCCCUGGAACCAAUGCCUUCCUGGGCAUCGUCAACCACACGUGUGACACUGUCAGGGCUUUCUGCCCGUGCAGCAUGGUUGACAGGCUCUGCCUCAACUGCCAUCGCAUGGAGCAGCGUGAUUGCGAGUGCCCAUGUGAGUGUCCCCUGCAGAUGAACCUCUGCACUGGCGACCUGGCACACAAUGAAGACAGGAGUAGCAACUGCCCACGCUUUGCAAGGCCCCCGCAGCUGCCCAAGCUGGAGAGCUACCACUUCGACUUGCUGCUGCAGUGCUUCAACAGCGAAUGCAGUUCGAGGAUGAGUGAAAAGGACUGUUCGGGCGUGCUGGGCUGUGAGUGGUGCUCUGUCGACAUGGAUGGAGAGACAGCGCUGAAGACGCCCUUCUGCCACGAGCAACCCAAGUGCUUUGGUGGUGUUCUGGGCGCCAGGACGCCUUAUGCGGAUGAGAUAAUUGGUGCUCUCGAGGAAGAUUUCCCGUACAUCCGCAGCACUCCGCUCGGACCAGUGGCGGGUGGCAUGAUUGGAGCAUUCUGUCUGAUUGCCUUCCUGGUGUACUGCUACAAGAAUCGUGUUACACGAAGCUCGUCAAGCCAGUAUGCCCUGUCGUACCCAGCGGCACCUCUUCAGGGAGGCCAGGUUUUCCACGACAUUGACGACUCGGACUUCCACACGAGUCCCAGCCCUGUGGGACCUCAUAACCUCAGCCUAGCUGGCUGUACCUAUGACAACCGGGUGGUGGUGUCGCCGUAUCGUGUCAACACAGCGUACCGCCGCCCGCCCGGCGGUGACAGUGACCACGGCUACAGCACGAUGACGCCGCACGAAGACUCCGAACAUCUGCAGUACUUCGAGCCUCUGCUCACAAGCAAGGAGAAGGGGCGUUCGCCACCAGCGCCCCAGCCGUCACUGAGCAGUCGGGCCUCGUCACCCGCACAGCAACAGCUGACGCAGUUUCCCGACCCUUCCAUCACGAGGCUUCCGAAGAACCCGGCAACCAUGGGGAGGCGAAACUCCUUCCAAGCCAGCGUAGAGGUCCACGCUGCAGCUGUGCGGUGAACACUCGCAGUCACUUUCAUCACCCCCCGCAUAAUGCGCACCGCGGCUGUGUGGUCUUGGAGAAACUGUUUUAUUGCCAAGAAGGUGUGAUGUACUGACUCUUAGAUGCAGGCGUCACUGCCGAUAGUUUAUCUCAGAGGAGGUGACACUUGCCAGUCCUUGUGGAGUGAUUGCGUUCCCGGGCCCUCUAUCACGUGCGUGCCGCGCUGCAUCAACACGGGUGCGGACGACACCACUUCACUGCCAAGGGGGUGCACAAGGUCUCACCGGUGUCAACAUUGUGGGUAGUUGUUAUCUCGCAGGUGUUUUGUGUUGGGGACGCCCACGCGCUUCGGAGAUCCAGGGUGGUUGACGUACGUCGUGGGUGAUUCACCAUAUCAUGAAAACUUUCAUUUCACUUUUCAUUGCGUGGUAGGCUAGAAAGAGACGGAGAUGCGAGCUCUUUGAAUUGCCACACUCGUCCUCCGCAGUGUGGUGUCACUCGUUUCAUCUAUUCAUUGUGUAUACUUCUUCAUACUGCACUUCACCUGUGCCGAGCGCACUAGAAGUGCCCACAUUUGCUGCAGUUUUCAUUGUUCUGCACAGUGAGACAGCUAGCUGCUCCUAUUCACAAGUUUGUGUAGCUUCAUCCGUCAGAUUACUUCAUGAAACUGAAAGUAAAGUCUGGGAGUCUUACGAAAAACAAAAAAAUGGAAGAAGUAGGGCAACAGCCAGUCAUAUUCCUGGUGAGCGGAUUAUUCUUAUGAGCUGACAUUGCAAGCCUGAAAUCAUCUAUUCAUUGCAGUACUAUUAACGCGACAGCGUUAGGGGCUGGCUGAAGAUAUAUUAACGCGAGUGCUAUGCCGCUGACCGAAGAUACAAUGUGGACAAGCUGUGCAUCUGCGACUAGAAACUGCUUUUUAAACGAUUUGAGCAAUGUUGUAUGCCCUUAUUUCGGGGGUUAUACGCAUGGAUUUUUAAGACAUUUUUUCAGGCUGUUGUAAUAGGGAGCACAGGUUACACACGUGAAAAUACAGUACAAAGCUGCAUCCCAUUACUUUUAAAUGGUACUGGGUGAGAAGAAAGGCAAGCUCGUGCACGAUGAACAAAACUGCUGCCAAAGCAAACGCGUGAAUUACUCAGAGUUGCACGAUUCCACGGUGGCAAAUACCAUUGCAUGGUGACAUGUUAAUCGACAACUAUGUACGGUGUAGUCCAGUAUGACAGGGAACAGGGACACCUUAUUGUUAUUUGGUCAAUAAUUACUAGAAAUGCAACAUCAGACAUUGCCAUUGCUUGCCAUGUAGCUUCCCUGUUGACGGGAGAGGCCUUAUUUGUAUUUGGACUUUUUUGUCAAAAGCAAGGAAGAUUGUUAGUCCAGAUACAAAUGGAGCGUUCCCUUUCACAUUGGCCCUUCCUGCAGAGUGGAGAAACACGCGGGAUCCUAAGCACCUUCAUUUAUUUUUCUUUUGUCACUGUGAUAUCAAUGCAGACAGCUUGUGUGAACUUGCCACUAUGGGUAGCUUGCGACACAGAUCGACCCUAUUUAAAACGUCGACAAAGGUUCUCGUAUGGCGGCAUUGUCAUCACUUUCAGCGUAGCCAGGAGAGAUGGCAGUCCUCGUGGAGUGACGUGCGUAUGACCUCAUAGACUGAAUUAAUUAGCAGAGUUACCACAAACUCCGCUGGCACAAGUUUUCUUGGAAUACUAAAUUGAUAUUCGAUGGCAGGUUUGUGAAAUUCAGUGUGUUGCGUAGGGAAUGAGGGACGAAUAGCCCUUUCUAUCCCCCCCCCCCCCCUCUUUCUGCCUAUAUGCAUGUAGGACCGGAGUAGGUGCUUAUGUAUGCCGUACAUCAUAAUGUCCCAUUUGUUCACAAAUAUGCAGCUUGCCUAUUGGUGUGUCUAGUUCGGCGCAACAUUGUUAAAAGACUGAAGCCUUUACUCACGUCAGCAUUAGCCUUCUUGCUAGCAAAAUCGGCCUGGGAGGCCCCUACUGUUGCACACUGAUGCAAAAGACCUUGGAAGACAAGCGAAUUGCACGCUGCUCUGGCUUGUCAUUGUUGAGUUGCCCUACUGCUACAUAGCCUUGCCUGGACUUGCUUAGCGAACAAAGCACAAGCACACGCCGUGUGAUGUCAUCCUGACAGCUUGGGCCUCUGCCAAGGACUCCAAGCGUCACUGCCGACAUGUCGCUGACGUUAUAACUCUGCCUGUAGGUUAGAAACCAGACACAUUUCCGAGGUGCUUCCCUCAUAAUUUUUAGGUUGCUGGGCAACCACAUUUGUUUUUAUAAAUUUUGCUGGCAGCUUCUAUUUCCGAAUGAAUAACGAAUGGUGCAAACUCACGUAUUCAAAAGCGGGUCCUUACGUGUAAAGUUUCUGUGAAGCUACGUUUUGAGGUUGUCUUUAUGACGGCGGCUGCGUCCUUCCUGUGCGGUCAAGUCUUACUCCCUGCAAUGGCAGCAUAAUUUGUACAUUGUAGCACAAUUUCGGCGUGUAGCACAUUUCACACUUUAAGCUGAAUAGUGAAGAGUUGGAAAGGCACUAAGGUUUUAUAUCUGUUUUCGUCGUAGUUUUUCAAGUGCUAUCACUUCACUUUGCAGCCACCCUAGUGCUAUCAGGUCGCUUUGCGACUUCGUACUGAUUUUGACUUGUCUAUAUCAUGUACAAUACAAGGGGUACUGCAGAGUUAAAUUUUAAGCUCACUCGUCUGACUGACAGUGCAAAUACAGUUACCGUGACAUGCUCGAACAUUGUAAAUUUUCUCAGUCAGGAAAAGGCAUCACACUGACUGCCCUCAACCAAUUUUCUUGUGCCGUACACGCCAUACAAGAUGCAAUUCUGCAAACAAGAGCUUGGCAUAGCCAAGCAUGGUGCUCACUCGGGGUUUCGGCCAGCCCCUUUCUGUGGUGGUGGCGGUGUACAAGAAUUGAACAUAUUGGCUUUUCAUCAUGAGCAGUUGUGAACCUUUUCAAAAAUCAUAAUGUUAGCACCGAUACCAUUUGCUCAAUCCGUGGCAUUCAAGUGCAUUUUCCUUUAACAAGCACCAGUGGCUAAACCACAAGAACAAUGCAGUGAAAAAAGAAAGUUCAUAGGUUUAUUAUUUCCACGUUGCAUAAUUCUAGUGUAGCAGUAGGUUGUAAAGCUGGGCCGCAAUUGUGUAGCAAUGCCUUUUCCAGUGCUAUUCCUUUUUGCACUUCAUCAUUGAUCAUAGCAAUAUUCUGCCCACUCGCAUUAUCAAUAGGAUCAGCCAACCGUGAACAGUGCAUGGUAAGAAUGGCAUAGAAUGAAGUGGAAGGUGGAAGGCAUUACUACAAAAUCGCAGCCCUGAAUGCCAUGUACUCAGCAAAUAAAUGCAUGUAGGCACAGUCGAGAGCGAAAAUCUAGAGACCACGACAUGGGCAAAAAAAAAAAAUUAAUUUUCUUCUAGGAAAGGCGUGCAACGUGAAAUUGUAUAAAAGCAUGGCACUGGUCAAGCAGUCGCACAUGGGCAGUACACCUGAUUUCAGCCUUUAUGCCUAGGCUGAGAAAAAAGAAAAAUUUAGCAGCAACUCUGGUCCUCGAACUUUUGCACUCGACUCUACAUUCGUAUAGGUGCCAACAUUGUGCUAAAGUGGGCUUGUCACCAAAAGUGGUGUAUCCCAGUACAGUUGUGCUUAAGACUGGAUUCUCUGACAAACUCAAUAAUUGUUUGGGGACCACCAUUUAAGUUUCUGCAGGUUCAUUGUGGGUUUGUCACACUGAACAGAUAAUUUCCAAGGUCCCUUCCAGCUCAUCUUACGGAGGAAAACCACUUUGCGGCCCCUGGUUCGUUGCUAGGCCUACGAAAACUGCUGGUGUAUGCACUUUGAAUGUCUGGGCACUGUUCGCGUUGUGCCUUGGAGCACACCUCGAUAGAUGUUAGCCUCUCGUGCGUAUGGGCUCACAGCCCUCGGUUGGACCCAGCCGAUUCCCUUACCUUCAACUUCUUCCACAGGUUAUUUUUACAUCUGUAUAUAGCAUGCUGUACAUAAUGAAAUGAUAUGCAAGACCGUGUUCCUUUGUGUUUGUUUGUCUGACCCUCUUGUCAUUUGUGCCCUGUAUAUACGAGUCUACUCAGGUUGAAAGUGUCUGAAUGAGUUGUCUGUUGUGCCAACAUGAUUCCAGCGUUCGCUCGUUAUAGCUCCAUUUUUUAAAUUAUUUUGAGAAUGCUAAUUGUUGCUGGGAUGUUGGUGCUCCCAAGGAUGGCCAGCUCUAUUGCUGUCUUAUUUCAUCUUUUUUUUUUUUUAGGACUCAUCCUGUAAGCAGAAUGUCUUUUUUUUUUUAAGCUAUAAAACAGAAUGAGAAGUCCAUGUGUGUGUGUGUGCAAGUAAAUUAUUGUAUGAAGAUUGUAAUCAAGGCCCACGGUAUGCGCACUUUCUUUCCUUGCAAGUUACCGCGCAAAAGUAUGCGUGUUCUAUGCAAUGCAAACAACUCGUGUCUGGAUCCCCCUCGUCAAUAUUGUAAACUUCUUUCAGCACGCCUCUGAUGACUAUGCACAGACGUUCUUUUGUUACGCAUCGUUAGCGGGCUUCGUUUUCGGCAUGCGCAGUUGAUGUGUGCCUUUCUUUCGAAACAACAUGGAGGUCGUUUCAAGGGAGACUUGUAGACUCGUUAGGCUACUCAUUAAGUUUAUCCCUGCCCAAAGCCUCUUGACUAUCCCCCAGAUACUAUUGAUGCUUUGUAUUUCAAGUUGGAGUGAACUUGUUAGUCACAUGCAGUUCAGUGAUGCAAACCGAAGGCACAUGAUUUUGUUCAGCAUAGCAUAGUAGUGUUUUUGCUAUUGAAGUCUGGAGGAAUAAAGAACAGUCUAUGAACAAGCCAA